GUGCAACGUGGCAGAGGGGUAAGAGGGGUGGUGACUCGAAAAGUCUUGGUCAAGACUCGCACGGAGCAAAGAAUAUCUGAAGAAGAGCACGAGAGGAGAAAAUGGAUCGUCCAUGUCGUUCUUCGCCGUCCUCCGGUUCGCCUUCCUCAUCCAAGUUAUGGAUCGUGCACGGUAUUGUAGCCAGUGCUGUCAUUGUCGCCGGUCUCGCCGCUCGAACUUAUCUCGGCGGAUCCAGAAAGUUUAGGAGCCGCGUCGUGGGUAUUAUUCCCGCUCGUUUCGCAUCUUCACGCUUCCCCGGCAAGCCACUCGUUCAAAUCCUGGGGAAACCCAUGAUCCAGAGAACUUGGGAGAGGGCUAAACUUUCAACUUGUCUGAAUCAUGUAGUUGUGGCAACGGAUGAUGAGAAGAUAGCAGAAUGCUGCCGAGGGUUUGGUGCUGAUGUUAUAAUGACUUCAGAAUCCUGUCGCAAUGGUACUGAACGUUGCAAUGAAGCUCUGCAAAAGCUACAGCAAAAAUAUGACGUUGUUGUCAAUAUUCAGGGAGACGAGCCUUUGAUUGAACCCGAGAUAAUUGAUGGAAUUGUCAAAGCUUUGCAGGCAGCUCCAGAUGCAGUGUUUAGCACCGCUGUAACAGCUUUGAAACCUGAAGAUGCAUUUGAUCCGAACCGUGUAAAAUGUGUGGUGGAUAACAAAGGUUAUGCCAUCUAUUUUUCCAGAGGGCUGAUUCCUUAUAAUAAAUCAGGAGCAGUCAAUCCGCGGUAUCCAUAUUUGCUACACCUUGGUAUUCAGAGUUAUGAUACAAAGUUUCUGAAGCUGUACCCAGAACUUCCACCUACUCCUCUGCAGCUAGAAGAAGAUCUUGAACAGCUUAAAGUUCUUGAGAAUGGUUACAAAAUGAAGGUUAUAAAGGUUGAUCACGAAGCUCAUGGUGUUGAUGCCCCUGAAGACGUUGAGAAGAUUGAAGCUCUGAUGCGUGAGCACAACUUGUCCUAGCUUGGUACUAGUAUAUCGAGAUGGAAUUAAGAAACAUCAUACUUUGUUUAGUUUUACAAAUCCGAAUGGAGCUGUAAAUGCAGAUAGCUGAGGUACAUGUUCCAUGCUUUCCUUACGGUCCUUCCCUCUCCCUGUCCGUAUUAAAGCGAAGUUGGAUACAUUUCGUUCCUGCCACCUUCGCAUUGCACUUUUGUGCUAGGGUAGUUUAGUUUAUUUACCUUAGGCUGUAAGUUUUUUGAUCCUGGUAGAUCAACCGGAGUUAGCGAGAUACAGAAUGGAGGGAACUAGGCAUCUUUUAUCUUUUUUCAGCACACUGUUCUAUUACACAUGUAGUGCUAAGUGGAGUUGUUGUGAUUGAUUUAUGUAAGGGAGCUGGUCUGUAAUCUGUACGCUGUUUUAUACUAUUGAUUGAGCAGUCAGCUGUUUAAGAGUUCAUGGAUCUGAUUGCCUGCAUUUGGUCACCACCCGUGACUGCAACUUCUACUCUUUGGCCCUACUUUUUCAUGAUCUCUCUCUUUUAUUCCAUUUCAUCCUUUCGUGUUCUAGCAUUGUUUGAUGGAAAUGAUUGUUUUUGGUUUUGGUUUUGUUGCCAUCCGAGAGGGGCAAAAAACAAAGGGGGCCCCUUCUAUGUAGGGAGCGAUAAGGACUGAUUUGGCACAAAUGCAUAUUAUAGAGUGUAGGGUAUUCCUUGGAAGAUCGAGCACGUCGUGGUCAUGAGUCAUGAAUGCUAAGGUGGCCAAAAACGUUGUCAUUCAUAGCAGAACUUUGAUGACCUACCUGACCUUGCAUGCAAUGCAACAAUAAUGGCGGAAUUUCUCAAAAUUCAAUUGUCACAGUCUGGCGGACGGUGAGCCUAACAUAUAUGGUCACUGGUCAGUCCUUUGCCAUCUAAUUCAUGUCAAUAGUUACUCGAGUUAAAUGCUGAGAUAGUACUAGGAUCAAUCAAACCUAGUAGUAUUAUUACCACAAGUUUGGGGUCGGUUAGCAUGCUAACCCCCCUUAGGGGUUGGAAAAAUGACAUCCCUAGUAUAUUAAAUACAACUAUAGAAUUUAAUACACACAUUAAAUACACAUUAGGAAUUAAAUGUACCAUAUUAAUUAGGAAUUCUCUCACUAUUAAAUAUACAUUAGGAAUUCUCUCACUAUAUUUGAUUUUUCCUUUUUCAGCAGUCUCCGACCACCAGACUUCCUCCGACCGCCACACUUCUCCGGUGUAAAUCUCAUCGGCAGACUCCCUCCGACCACCUCCAAAAAAUAUACCACUGCAUUGUACUGGUAGAUAUACCACUGCACUGAUACGUUGUACCACUGUACUGGUAGAUAUACGUUUUAGUUCGCUAUUCUCAAGAGUUGUUUGUUGCACAAAAUGUCAUGGCUCCUUGUAAUAUGUACGAUACAUGUAAAAUAGUCCUGGAUCUCCUCCAUGGGCCAUGAAUGCAUCUUAUUGCAGUCGCUAACGAGUUGGCCAUGCGGAAUAUGAAAUUAUUCUUCAAACUAAAGUAUAUCAAAGCGU